AUGCCACCCGUCCUGAUCCAGCUCCUGUCCCUGACACCUUGUGCCAGGUCUGUCCCCGUGGUUGUUCCUCGUGACUCUUCUGUGCCCAAUAAGGCUGCUACAGUUAACAUCAUGGCCUGUGUUUUUGCCUCUGUCCCUGUCUCUGUGCCUGUACCUGUGCCUGACACCAAUUUUUCUCCUGUCCUCUCUCCACUUGUCUCUGUGCCCAUCUCCAGCCCCAGCCAAGUUUCCGCACCCAUCUCCAAUCCCGGCCAGACUAGCUUCCUCAAUGUCCCCUGGUUUUGUUUCCUGUCCUUCCUCGUCAUCCCUAGCUCCCCCUUUUGGUCCUGUCUUUGUGAUCAAUCACACAUACAGAAGCAAAGGAACAGUAUAACUCAACCUCAUAGAAUGUCUGAUUUGAGGAUUGUGGUGCUGGGGAAAAAUGUUCCAGAGACCAGCAGAGUGGGAAACUUCAUCCUGGGAAGGGUGAUGUUUGAGACUGAAGUUCCUCCUCCUUCAGUAGAGCAGCACAGUGAGAGAGCCAGUGGACUGGUGGGUGGGAGAUGCAUCACCCUCAUCCACACUCCCCACCUGCUACAUACUGAACUCUCUGAAGAGGAUCUGACUCAGAGAGUGAAAGAGUGUGUGUCUCUGUCUGCUCCUGGACCUCAUGUGUUUUUACUGGUGCUCCAGUCUGACAACUUCACAAAGGAGGACCAGGACAGAAUCAGAAGGGUCCUGGACUCUUAUGAUCCACUGGUUAUCAAACACUCAGUAGUGGUAACUACAGGUGAAGACCAUGACAGAAGAGAAUGUUUAUCUACGUUCAUCGGACAAUGUGGAGGGGGACAUUAUGUAUGUAAGGACAUAUCUAAACGUAAUAAAGAUCAGGUUCUUCAGCUUCUUAAGAAGGUAGAUGAGGUGGUGGAGCAGAAUGGAGGAGGACAUUUGACCUGUGAAAUGACUGAAGCACAUGAACUAGAUCUUAAGGAGGAAAAGCAGUCAGAACCAUCUGGGAGAGGAACAGAUCAGUUCACUGGAACAGCAAAGGCAGGUGCUGAUAUGGAUGGAGGAAAAUUAGAAGUGAAAGAAGAUAUUGAGAAGUUACCACAUUGGUUCCUCCAGAAUAUGUGGAUUCUCUUCACUGGAGGAGAUGUGCUGCAGAGAGAGAAUAUCACUAUAGAAGAUGUUAUAGAAAAGAAUGAGGAACUGAAGAAAAUCAUAGAUAAAUUACAGAACAGAUACCACAUCUUCAAUAACAAGAACCAACAUCCUGAUCAAGUGAAACAUCUUAUUGACAAAAUCAGAAAGGUUCCACUUGAAAUGUGUCCACAGAUUCAAAGAUUUCAUCGAACAAAACCCUCUGAACCUGAAAAGAAUCCCAGUGAAAGAAGAAUUGUGCUACUGGGAAAGACUGGAGUGGGGAAGAGUGCUACAGGAAAUACCAUCCUGGGAGAAAACAGAUUCAGAUCUCAGCUUCGCUUCUCCUCUGUAACAGAACAGUCUGAAAUGCACCAGGCAGACAUUGUAGAAAAGAUGUUGGUCGUGGUCGACACUCCAGGAUUAUUUGACACAAAGCUGUCUGCUGAGGAUCUGGCUGUAGAGAUAGGGAGAAGUAUAUACAUGUCCAGUCCAGGACCACAUGCUUUCCUUUAUGUUCACCAAAUUAAUGUCAGAUUCACAGAACAGGAGGAAGAGGUUGUUGAUAUAUUAGAGAUGAUGUUUGGGGAAGAGUUGAGGAAGUACAUGAUCAUUCUGUUCACACAUGGUGACAGUCUAAAACAAGAGGAUGUAAACACACUGAUUAAGGAGAACAGUGCACUCAGUAAGCUAGUUGAGAAGUGUAGAGGGUAUCAUAUCUUUAACAACGAGGACCACAGUAACAGAGAGCAGGUCACUGAGCUACUGGAGAAGAUAGACAGAAUGGUGGAGCAAAACGGAGGAAGCUGCUACUCCAAUCAGAUGUAUGAGGAUGCAGCAAGAUUCAGGUGGGAGGAUGAGGAGAGGAGACAGAGAGAGGAAAUGGAGAAAAAACAUAGAGAGGAAAAGCAAAGGCAAAAAGAUGUAGAAACAUUUAGGAAAGAGACAGAGAAAAGAUUCAUGGAAGAAGCAAAAAGAAAGACGGAAGCACUACACAUUAAACAGGAACAGGAGAGUAAAAUUGAAGCCAAAGAGAGAAAAGGUCACUGGGGGACUUUUAAAAUGAGUAUAAAAAGGAAACAGAAAAAGGAGAAAAAAAAAGAUGAAGUGGCAGAAACUGAUAGUAGGGAAGACAUGAAGAAGGAAAAACAGCACCUCUCUGUUGUGGUAUUUGGAAAGAUCUCUGCAGUCCACUUUGGAUAUGAGAACCUUCUACUUGGACAAGAAAAAUCGAGUUGGGACAGCUGUGAUUCUUCUCUGAAUGUCCUUAGCCAAAGAAACAUAUUGGGCCGUAAUGUUUCAGUAAUGAACAUGCUCAAACUGGAAGAGGCCAAACUUGGUCUGAACUCUAUGAAUCAGGUCUCUGGACAGUUUUUCAGCAAAAAUGCCAUUGAUUCUUUUAUCUUUGUGCUCCAGUUGGGUCAGGUAACAGACGCUGAUGAGGUAGAGCUAGACUGGCUGCAGAAUAGGUUUAAUGAAAUUGUGUUACCUCGUGUACUGCUUCUCUUUACUUAUGAGAGAGAAGAGGACUCUGACAGCAUCAAAAAUGACCUGAAGAAAAAUCCCAUUCUCAAACAGCUGAUGAAGAAGUGUGGAAACAGAUAUCACACCUGCAGCAAGAGCAUGAACAACCAGUCAGAGAUGAGAACACUACUGAAGAAGAUUGAUGAUUUGGUUUUUGAGAACAAUCAACACAGUUACAUUGCUGAGGUGUCCCACACCACGGAAAAACUGAGAGCUGCAAGGAUUAAAAGACUUUCUCUGAGAAAACUCUCUGCACAUGAAAAUAAUCCCAGCAAGAGAAGAAUUGUGCUGCUGGGGAAGACUGGAGUGGGGAAGAGUGCAACAGGAAACACCAUCCUGGGAGAGAACAGAUUCAGAUCUGAGCUUCACUUCAGCUCUGUAACAUCACAAUCAGAAAUGCAUCAGGUAGUGGUUUCAGGGAGAAAGGUGUCUGUGGUGGAUACGCCAGGACUUUUUGACACACAGAUCUCUCCUGAAGAUCUUAAAGUAGAGAUAGGAAGGAGUAUCUACAUGUCCAGUCCAGGACCACAUGCUUUCCUUUAUGUUCACCAAAUUAAUGUCAGAUUCACAGAACAGGAGGAAGAGGUUGUUGAUAUAUUAGAGAUGAUGUUUGGGGAAGAGUUGAAGAAGUACAUGAUCAUUCUGUUCACACAUGGAGACAGUCUAAAACAAGAGGAUGUAAACACACUUAUUAAAGAGAACAGUGCUCUCAGUAAGUUGGUUGAGAAGUGUAGAGGGUAUCACAUCUUUAACAAUGAAGACCACAGUAACAGAAUACAGGUGACUGAACUUCUGGAGAAGAUAGACAAGAUGGUGAAGCAGAACAGAAAAUGCUGCUACACCAAUCAGAUGUUUAAGAAUGCAGCAAGACACCAACAAAACGUGAAUGAGAGAAAGCAGAGGGAGGACGAGAAGGGAAAAAUGAGAGGAACAACAAAGACAAGAAGAUAUUGA